UCAUUUCUUCUUCUUCUUCUUCUUCCACGGCCUUUUCAUUGCGGCUGAAUCCUCCCUCACUGCCUUUUUACUGUAGCGUUAUUGGCCGGCGAAAAUGGCAGGAUCCGGCGUUGUAGCGGUGUACGGAAAUGGAGCUCUGACUGAGACGAAGCAAUCCCCCUUCUCUGUGAAAGUUGGAUUGGCUCAAAUGCUUCGUGGCGGCGUAAUCAUGGACGUUGUGAACGCCGAGCAAGCUCGUGUCGCUGAGGAGGCUGGAGCGUGCGCCGUUAUGGCCCUUGAACGAGUUCCUGCGGACAUACGAGCCCAGGGCGGUGUCGCUAGAAUGAGCGACCCUCAACUAAUCAAGGAAAUCAAACAGGCUGUCACGAUUCCGGUCAUGGCGAAGGCUCGAAUUGGCCAUUUCGUUGAAGCUCAGAUUCUUGAGGCCAUUGGUAUCGAUUAUGUAGACGAGAGCGAGGUUCUUACUCUCGCUGAUGAAGAAAACCACAUCAACAAGCACAAUUUCCGCAUUCCGUUCGUCUGUGGCUGCCGUAAUCUCGGCGAGGCGUUGCGGCGCAUUCGCGAAGGGGCGGCGAUGAUCAGGACUAAGGGCGAAGCCGGCACCGGUAAUAUCAUUGAGGCGGUGCGGCACGUGCGGUCCGUGAUGGGAGAUAUUAGGUUGUUGAGGAACAUGGACGACGAUGAGGUCUUCACCUUCGCCAAGAAGAUCGCUGCGCCUUACGAUUUAGUUCUGCAGACUAAGCAGCUCGGGAGGCUCCCGGUGGUUCACUUCGCCGCCGGUGGUGUAGCAACACCGGCCGAUGCGGCGCUGAUGAUGCAGCUCGGUUGUGACGGCGUGUUCGUCGGCUCCGGUGUGUUCAAGAGUGGCGACCCGGCGAAGCGCGCCAGAGCGAUUGUGCAGGCUGUUACUCAUUACAACGAUCCAGAGGUGCUGGCGGAAGUGAGCUGUGGGCUCGGCGAGGCAAUGGUCGGACUGAACAUGACUGAUAAGGUCGAAAGGUUCGCGAAUAGAUCGGAGUAGACUGCCUUCUCCGGCAUUUGGGUAUGACGAUCCCAAAUCCUUUUCUGGAUCUAAGCACAUAUAGUUUUCUAGCAAUUUACGUCUAAACAUAUAGCUAGCUAUAAGGAAUUUUGAUAUCCUGUUUCACUGUUCGUAUUGAAUUGCUUAUAAAUCCCCUCUUUAUUUC